UGAAAAAGAAAGCCCCCAUCUUCUUCACUCAAACCUCCAUUAUUCAUCUCACCAGAAAAAGAAAAAAAGGAUUGAUGGAUGAUUCAUAUAUUUCACCUAAAUCUCUCUCUUUUUCUUGCAUUCCAUCUCUCUCCCCCAAAUAUGAAUAUGAUUCUCCAAAUAAUUCUGUUCAUUCUCUUUUCUCCGGCAGUGGUUUCCGGUCACUGCACCACCACCAAAAUCUUCCAAAAAUGCAUGACUCUUCCUUCUCAGCAAGCCUCCAUAGCUUGGACUUUUCACCCACGAAAUUCCACUCUAGAACUUGUCUUCUUCGGCACUUUUAUCUCUCCCACCGGUUGGGUUGGCUGGGGAAUCAAUCCCACCUCGCCGGAGAUGACUGGCACCCGGUCCUUAAUUGCCUUUCCCGACCCCAAUUCCGGCCAGAUCGUCCUCCUACCAUACAUUCUUGACCCAACUGUCAAGCUUCAAAGGAAUUCUCUUCUCUCUCGUCCACUUGAUAUCCAUCUUCUCUCAUCUUCUGCCACACUUUACGGCGGUAAAAUGGCCACCAUUCACGACGGCGCCUCCAUUAGAAUAUAUGCUACCUUAAGGCUAGUACCCAAUAAGACAAAAAUCCAUUUUGUCUGGAACAGAGGACUUUACGUCCAAGGCUAUUCUCCGACCAUUCAUCCAACCACGAUGAACGAUCUUUCCUCAGUUUUGACCGUCGAUGUUCUGUCGGGAACAGAGUCGAAUUCCCACAACAAUGGUGAAACGUUAAAAUUAAUUCACGGAAUUAUGAACGGCGUCUCUUGGGGGAUACUGUUGCCGGUGGGGGCUGUCACGGCAAGAUAUUUCCGGCAUAUGCAGGCGGCGAGACCAACCUGGUUUUAUGCCCACGCCGGAAUUCAAUUGACGGCGUUCUUACUCGGCGCGGCAGGGUUCGGCAUUGGAAUACGGCUGGGAGAAAUGUCGCCGGGAGUAGUUUAUGGGUUUCAUAGGAAACUAGGAUUUGCGGCGUUGUCACUAGGUGGGCUACAGACAUUGGCGCUGCUAUUUCGGCCGAAGACGACGAACAAAUUCAGGAAAUACUGGAAAUCGUAUCACCAUUUUGUGGGGUAUAGUUGUGUGAUUGUAGGAAUUGUGAACGUGUUUCAAGGAUUGGAGGUGAUGGGUGAAGGGAGAUCAUAUGUGAAAUUGGGUUAUUGCCUGAGUUUGUCGACGUUGAUCGGGAUCUGCGUGGCGCUGGAGGUCAAUUCGUGGGUGAUGUUUUGCAGGAAAGCCAAAGAGGAGAAGUUGAGGAGACAGGGGAUCAUUGAUCAUCAUGAUAAAGACAGUCAAUCCAGCAAGAACAACAUCAGUAGUUCAAUUCUUCUUUAGACAGGG